AUUUAAGUGAGUGAACUUGUUGGGCGGGCAUGGCCGUAUGAGUGAGAGGGAGUGAUCAAGAGCAUGAGUAUGAGAAGACGAAUGGUGUAACGUAACAACAUCGAGAGGGAGGAAGCAAAGCAAAGCAAAGCCAAAAUGAGUACGGUUGACAAGAUGUUGAUCAAAGGUAUCCGGAGUUUCGACCCGGAGAACAAGAACGUCAUCACCUUCUUCAAGCCCUUAACCCUAAUCGUUGGCCCCAACGGUGCCGGCAAAACCACAAUCAUCGAGUGCUUGAAGCUCUCCUGCACCGGCGAGUUGCCUCCUAAUGCCAGGUCUGGCCACAGCUUCAUUCACGAUCCCAAGGUCGCCGGCGAAACUGAAACCAAGGGACAGAUUAAGCUCCGUUUCAAAACCCCCGCCGGUAAAGACGUGGUUUGCAUAAGGUCCUUUCAGCUCACGCAAAAGGCCUCCAAGAUGGAAUACAAGGCUAUUGAGAGCGUGCUUCAAACCAUUAAUCCUCAUUCCGGCGAGAAAGUUUGCCUAAGCUAUAGAUGCGCUAACAUGGAUAAAGAGAUUCCUGCGCUCAUGGGUGUUUCAAAGGCCAUUUUGGAAAAUGUUAUAUUCGUUCAUCAGGAUGAAGCAAAUUGGCCCCUCCAGGAUCCUUCCACGUUAAAGAAGAAGUUUGAUGACAUUUUUUCGGCAACGCGAUACACUAAGGCACUGGAGGUUAUUAAGAAACUUCACAAGGAGCAAGCUCAAGAGAUAAAGACUUACAAGCUGAAACUAGAACAUCUUCAAACUCUAAAAGAUGCUGCUUAUAAGCUUCGGGAAAGCAUUGCACAGGAUCAGGAGAAAAUGGAGGCACUAAAAAGUCAGGUACAGCAGUUGGACGGAGGCAUUCAAGAUUUGGAUGCUAAAAUUGAUCAUGCUGAAAAAACAUUUAAAGAUUUGAGGAGGCUGCAGGAGCAGAUAUCAACUAAAACUGCACAACGGAGCGUCUUGUUUAAGGAACAACAGAAACAAUAUUCAGCUCUUGAGGAAGAUAAUGAAGACACUGAUGAAGAGUUGAUGGAAUGGAAGACCAAGUUUAGUGAAAUGAUUGCAAUGUUAGAAACAAAAAUAACCAAGUUGGAAAGAGAGAUGGAGGACAUUGACACUAAAAGUUCUUUCCUUCAGAAGCAAAUUGAUAAUUCCAACUGGGAGAUGGGCAAGCUACAGACAGAAGCAAAGGCUCACAUGUCUUUGAAGAAUGAACGCGAUUCCUCAAUUCAAAAUCUUUUUGCUAGGUAUAGCUUAGGGUCUCUUCCAAAGUCACCCUUCAGUGAUGAGGUUGCUUUAAACCUCACUAGUCGAGUAAAGUCAAGAUUGGGGGAUCUUGAGAAGGAUCUGGAAGAUAAAAAGAAAGCAAUCAACAAUGAACUCAAGAAUGCGUGGGAUUGCUACAUGGAAGCAAAUGACUGUUGGAAAAAUGUUGACGCUACAAAACAAGCUAAGAUAGAGAUCAAGAGUGGUAAAUUAAAGAGCAUUGAAGAGAAGACAAAAGAGCGUGACUCAUUUGAACUUCAAAUAUCCAAUGUAAACUUUUCUCUUAUAGAUGAAAGAGAAAGAAAUUUGCACAUUGAGGUUGAGCGAAAGACAAAGCAACUCAGUGAAAGAGAAUUUGAACCGAAUAUACGUCAUAUGCAAAGUGAGCUAUAUAGUGUAGACCAGAAGAUUAAGGGUGUCAAUCGAGAGAAGGAUAUCAUGGCUUCUGACUCGGAGGACAGAGUGAAGCUAUCUCUUAAGAAGACAGAGUUGGAGAAUCAGAAGAAAAAAUAUAAGAAGAUAAUUGAUGACCAAAAGGAUAAAAUAAGAAGGGUGCUAAAAGGGAGGGUUCCUCCUGAUAAGGACAUGAAGAAGGAAAUUACAAAAGCACUAAGGACUGUUGGAACUGAAUUUGAUGACCUGAAUGUAAAAUUCCGUGAAGCUGAGAAAGAAGUCAAUUUGUUGCAGAUGAAGAUACAAGAGGUUAACAGUAAUCUAUCCAAGCACCACAAGGAUAUGGAAUCAAGAAAGAGAUUUAUUGAAUCCAAGCUUCAGUCGUUGGAUUCACAAUGUUCUGGAAUUGACUCUUAUCUCAAAGUUUUAGAGUCUUCCAAGGAAAAAAGAGAUGUACAGAAAAGCAAAUAUAACAUUGCGGAUGGCAUGCGACAAAUGUUUGAUCCUUUUGAAAGGGUUGCCAGAGCUCAUCAUUUUUGCCCUUGCUGUGAGCGCCCUUUCUCUACAGAAGAAGAAGAUAGUUUUGUCAAGAAGCAAAGAGUGAAGGCCGCCAGCUCCGCUGAACAUAUGAAAGUUCUUGCUGUGGAGACAUCAAGCGCAGACUCACAUUAUCAGCAGUUAGACAAGCUUCGUAUGGUUUAUGAAGAAUAUAUUAAACUUAGUAAGGAGGCAAUCCCUAAUGCUGAAAAGGAACUUCAGCAACUUAAGGAAGAGCUGGAUCAAAAAUCUCAGGCUCUUGAUGAUAUUUGCGGUGUUUUAGCUCAAGUGAAGACCGAGAAGGAUUUGGUUGAGGCACUGGUCCAACCUGUUGAAAACGCUGACCGGAUUUUCCAAGAAAUUGAAGCUCAACAAAAGCAAGUUGAGGAUUUAGAAUAUAAGCUUGAUUUUCGAGGACCAGGAGUGAGGACGCUGGAAGAAAUUCAAUUAGAGCUUAAUGCAUUGCAGACCACAAAGGACAAUUUGCAUACUGAAUUGGAGAAGUUGAGAGAAGAACAGAGGUAUAUGGAGAAUGAUCUGUCAAAUAUUCGAAUACGGUGGCACAGUCUAAGGGAGGAGAAAGGGGGAGUAGCUAACACAUUGCAAGUUGUUAAACGAUUAGAAGAAGAAAUAGAAAGUUUGACUGAAGAAAUGAACCAAAUAGAUCUUGCUGAGAAGGAUCUGGCAGAAACUCUUGGACCUUUAUCCAAGAAGAAAGAUAAAUUACUUGCUGACCAUGAUGAACUAAAAGCAAGACUUAACCAAGAGUAUGAAGAUCUGAAUGAACGAAAAAGAAGUUAUCAGCAAGAAGCCCAAGCAAUUUUUGGAAUGAAUUUUAAAAUUAAAGAGUACUCUGAUUUAAAGAAAGGAGACAGGUUGAAGGAACUGCAAGAAAAGAAAUCCCAAUUAGAAUCUAAUCUUCAAAGUGGUGAAACCAGGAAGCAGGAAAUUUCAGUUGAACUAAACAAUAAUAAAGAUUCGAUGCGAAAUCAAGAUCGAUUAAGAAGAAAUAUUGAGGAUAACUUAAAUUACAGGAAAACAAAGGCUGAAGUAGAUGAGCUAGCAUGUGAAAUUGAAGCGCUUGAAGGAAAUAUACUGAAGGUUGGUGGGAUUUCCACAUUUGAAACUGAGCUCCAGAAACUAUCCCAGGAGAAGGAGAGGCUUGUUUCAGAGUUACAUAGGUGCCAGGGAACAAUGUCUGUUUACCAGAGCAAUAUUUCCAAGAAUAAGAUUGAUCUUAAGCAGGCUCAAUACAAGGACAUAGAUAAGCGAUACUUUGAUCAGCUUAUCCAGCUUAAGACAACUGAAAUGGCAAACAAGGACCUGGACAGAUACUACAAUGCAUUGGAUAAAGCUCUGAUGCGCUUCCACACAAUGAAAAUGGAAGAAAUCAACAAAAUCAUUAGGGAAUUGUGGCAACAGACUUAUAGAGGACAGGAUAUAGACUACAUUAGUAUUCAUUCAGAUUCCGAAGGUGCCGGCACCCGAUCCUACAGCUACAGGGUUCUCAUGCAGACUGGCGAUGCAGAGUUAGAAAUGAGAGGAAGAUGUAGUGCAGGUCAGAAGGUACUGGCAUCUCUUAUCAUUCGUUUGGCCUUAGCUGAAACGUUUUGCCUCAACUGUGGAAUACUCGCAUUGGAUGAACCAACCACAAACUUGGAUGGACCAAAUGCUGAAAGUCUGGCUGCUGCUCUCCUAAGGAUCAUGGAGGACAGGAAAGGCCAGGAAAAUUUUCAGCUAAUUGUAAUUACUCAUGAUGAGCGUUUUGCACAACUGAUUGGUCGGCGCCAGCAUGCAGAGAGAUAUUAUCGAGUCGCGAAAGAUGAUCAUCAGCACAGUAUUAUCGAAUCUCAAGAGAUAUUUGACUGAGGACAGCUUUGAUCAUAGUUACUCCAGAGAUUGUAAGGCUUAUUUCUUAUUUUUGCGGUAAGAUAUAGGAUACUGAAGAUGGGAAGGAAGUCCCGGUUAAUUGAACUAUUGACACUUGACUUUGACUGUAACUCGUACAUUUUUUGGAAGCGUGAUUUAGUUGAUCUUGAUAGGCACUUCAUCCUUGUGGCCUACUGAAGUUUCAAAAAUAGGAAAAAAAAAAAAGUUUAGUUUUUA